AAACAUUCCCGACCUACAUUUUCGGGUAGGCAAAUACUGGCCUUGGAAAACGUUUUUCAAAAAACUAGGUACGUGGUGGGACCAGAACGAUCACGCUUAGCUUUCGUGCUGGGGAUGACUGAAAAUCAAGUUAAGGUUUGGUUCCAGAACCGACGUACAAAAUGGCGAAAAAGUCAACCACAUCAUUAA